CGUUUUCUACGCGAGAGUCUUGGAGUCCGUGAGAAGCAGAGCGCCCGUCGAUGAUCGCACUCUUCUGAUAACUUUCUCCCUACUCGGCCUACUCAGCCACGAGCCACCACAAACGACGGCGUUUCGAAUGUGAUCUGACUCCCUCCGGCAUACUGAGUCAUGAAGUGCCGAUCCGUUGCUUGCAUAUGGUCAGGCACGCCUCCAUCUCACCGCGUGACCGCCGCGGCGGCGCUCAACCAACCCCCUACGCUCUACACCGGCGGAUCCGACGGCUCCAUCAUCUGGUGGAACCUCCGUUCCACCGAUUCCAACUCGGAAAUUGUGCCGGUAGCUAUGUUGUGUGGGCAUGCUGCUCCCAUAGCCGACCUCGGCAUUUGUGAUCCACUUGUAGUUUCGGGGAGUGAGCGGAGAGGCUCUUUAAGUGACGUUGAGGUGAGCUCGAGCUCCUAUAGUCAUGGCGCGUUAAUCAGUGCAUGUGUUGAUGGAAUGUUGUGUGUGUGGAGUAGAAGCAGUGGGCAUUGUAGGCGUAGAAGGAAGUUACCACCUUGGGUUGGCAGCCCGUCCAUGGUUCGGACAUUGCCAUCGAAUCCGCGUUAUGUAUGUGUUGGUUGCUGUUUUGUUGAUACUGUGCAUUUGUUGGACCAUCAUUCGGUUGAAUCAAGUGAAGCAGGGGAUGUUUUGGGGGAUAGAGAGUCUCAGUAUAAGAGACCCCCCAAAUGCACUGUGGUUAUUGUUGACUCCUAUACUCUUACCAUUGUCCAAACGCUUUUUCAUGGAAACUUGUCUAUUGGGUCAUUGAAGUUUAUGGACGUAGUUUCAGCAACCGAGGAUCAGGAGAAGGAUUCUGUAGUGAUGGCGGAUUCAUUUGGUCGGCUACAGUUGGUUUCAAUACCUAAGGACCUACACCAAGAUAGGGAGGGUGGGGCUGGUUUGCAUACAAGUUCUCAGUUUGAAAUGACUGUUUGUGCAGAGGGGUUAAGCGAGGGAGGACAUGUAAUGUCUAUUGCAACCUCUGGAAAUAUUAUUGCUUUUGUGUUAAAAAGUUGUUGCAUAUUUAGACUAUUGCCCAGUGGCACUACAAUUGGAGACGUUUCAUUUGUGGACAACCUCCUUUGUGGAGAAAGUAAUUCCACUCAAGCACAUAUGGUGGGAGGAAUGUUUCUUGAAAUUGAAAACGUUGGAAACUUGCCAAAUACCCAAGAAUGCAACGAAAAAUUUUCAAGAAAAUUUACUGUUUGGAAUAACAAAGGUCACUCAAUUGUUUACUUGGUAUCCUAUUCCAAAGAUAUGUUUAACUGCGAGCCUCUUUGUGAGAUCCCUGCUGCCUCUCAUCCUCUUGAUGUGAGACUAUCAAUUCGUUUCAUUCCAUUGGCCAAUUAUGUUCUUCGUAUUGAAUCACUUUGCUUUAGUUCUGAAGAACCUUUACAGUGGAAACCCCAUGUUACAAUCUGGUCUGCAUGUCGGGCACACGAUGACCACAGGAAUUUGGGUUUAUGGUUCAAGUUGCACGGAGCAGGUGUUGACUGGAAUACAAAUUUUACCUCAAGUAAUGAAUCUGAGGACCCAGGUGACGUGGAGACCAAACUACCAUCUUCAAAAUCUUUUGUUUCUAGCUCAGGAAGUGUAAAUAGUGUAGAUAAUGGCAAUCUUGGUUUACGUAGUAAGAGAGGAGUUGUGUCUUCUUCCAUGGUUAUUUCUGAAACAUUAUUUGCUCCUUACGCUGUUGUUUAUGGCUUCUUUAGUGGAGAAAUAGAGGUUGUUCGCUUUGAUUUGUUUGAGGGCCUAGCUCCUCUUGGUGGGAGUUCACAUGAUGGUGAGGUGAAGCCACAAAUAUCCAGACAGCUUUUUUCAGGGCACACGGGUGCUGUACUCUGUUUGGCAGCACAUAGGAUGGUGGGUUUUGCCAAAGGGUGGAGUUUCAAUCAAGUUUUGGUGUCUGGAAGCAUGGAUUGCACGGUUCGCAUAUGGGAUCUUGAAACUGGAAAUCUCAUCACAGUCAUGCACCAACAUGUGUGUCCAGUGCGCCAAAUAAUUCUUCCCCCAGCUCAUACCUACCGUCCUUGGAGUGAUUGUUUUCUCUCAGUUGGGGAGGAUUCAUGUGUUGUACUAGCUUCUCUCGAGACAUUGCGAGUAGAGAGAAUUUUUUCCGGACAUCCCAGCUAUCCUGCAAAAGUUGUAUGGGAUGGUGGAAGAGGUUAUAUUGCAUGCUUGUGCCGAAACCAUUCAGGAACUGAUGCUGUUGAUAUUUUGUACAUUUGGGACGUAAAGACAGGUGCUCGAGAGCGGGUCCUCCGAGGGACAGCAUCUCAUUCAAUGUUUGACCAUUUUUGUAAAGGCAUCAGCAUAAAUUCCACAUCUGGUAGUGUAUUGAAUGUGAAUACCUCAGUUUCCUCACUGCUUCUUCCAGUCAUUGAAGAAGGGAUCUCUACUCACACUCAUCUGAAUAAUUCAGACAAAUUGGCCACUUCCUCAAAUUUGGUGCCUGGUACUGUGGUUGAGUCCAAUACUUCCAGAGUUAGUAGUGCUGAAAAACUAUUUCCAUCUCAUCCAACAACCCUUCAAGGCAGCAAGCAUCCGAUCAAGUGCUCUUGCCCUUUUCCUGGAAUUGCUGCUCUGAGUUUUGACCUUGCAUCAUUAGUGUUUCCUUAUCACAAGGAUGACUUGAUGGCAAGUGGGAAUAACAAGAAAGAGCUUAACCAUGUGAAGGGGAAGGCAUCAGAGACACCAAGUCCCCACAACAUUCCUGUAGCGAAUGGUUCUGGUGUGCACGGGGCCUCGAAUGACACUGCAGAAGAGAACGUAUGGAUUAAAACGCUUGAAGAUCGUUUACUUCGAUUUAGCUUGGCAUUUUUACACUUAUGGAAUGUGGAUUCUGAGCUCGAUAACAUGCUUAUAACUGACAUGAAGCUGAAGAGACCAGAUAACUUUUUUGUAGCUUCUGGUUUUCAAGGAGACAAAGGGUCUUUGACAUUGGCAUUUCCUAAUUUGAGUGCAAAUCUUGAGCUUUGGAGAAUGUCGUCAGAGUUUUGUGCAAUGAGGUCACUCACAAUGGUUUCCCUUGCUCAACGCAUGAUUAGCUUGUCACACACUAGUUCAAAUGACAGCAGUUCUCUAGCAGCAUUUUAUACUAGGAAUUUUGCAGAUAAAGUUCCAGACACAAAGCCACCUUUACUCCAGCUUUUGGUGAGUUUCUGGCAAGAUGAAAGUGAACAUGUACGUAUGGCUGCACGCUCUCUAUUCCACUGUGCUGCUUCACGAGCGAUUCCAGUUCCACUGUGUAGUAAAAAAGAAAGUGGCUUCGCAAAUCUGAGUGCUCUAUGUGGACUUGGAGAGAAUGGGCAUGUAAAUUCACAUGUAGAAGAAACAUUGGCUAAGAAAUUGUAUUCCGAACAGCUGCCAGAACCACAAGGGAUUUCUAGGGUUGAAGAAUUUAAUAUUCUUGCAUGGCUAGAAUCAUUUGAGAUGCAAGAUUGGAUUUCUUGUGUUGGGGGGACAAGCCAAGAUGCGAUGACAUCUCAUAUUAUUGUUGCAGCGGCUUUGGCUAUUUGGUACCCUAGUCUUGUAAAGCCAUGUCUUGCCAUGCUUGUUGUUCACCCAUUAAUGAAGCUGGUUAUGGCAAUGAAUGAGAAAUAUAGUUCCACUGCAGCAGAGCUCCUUGCUGAAGGUAUGGAGAGUACAUGGAAACAGUGCAUUAGUUCAGAAAUACCUCGUCUGAUUGGGGAUAUAUAUUUCCAGAUAGAGUGUGUAAGUGGUCCAUCUGCAAACUCAGCCUCACAAAAUUUGGCUGUACCGGUUGGCCUUCGAGAGAUAUUGGUUGGUGUUCUUCUACCAAGUUUAGCUGUGGCUGAUGUCCCGGGGUUUUUAACUGUUAUGGAAAGCCAAAUCUGGUCUACUGCAUCUGAUUCCCCUGUUCAUCUAGUAUCUCUUAUGACUUUGAUCAGGGUUGUGCGUAAUUCUCCAAGAUACUUGGCUCAAUACCUUGAUAAGGUAAUUGACUUCAUUUUACAAACUGUGGACCCGAGCAACUCAGUCAUGCGCAAAACUUGCUUUCAAAUUUCAAUGACUGCAUUAAGGGAAGUUGUACGUGCAUUCCCAAUGGUAGCUCUAAAUGAUACAUGGACCAAAUUGGCCGUUGGGGAUGUGAUUGGAGAGAGAAACAAUGCUAGUAUUCGGGUUUAUGACAUGCAAAGUGUUAUGAAGAUAAAAGUUUUGGAUGCAAGUGGACCUCCCGGACUUCCAAAUUUGCUUGCACCCAGUUCAGAAAUGAUGAUAGUUACCGCCAUUUCAGCUUUGGGCUUUUCCCCGGAUGGAGAGGGGCUGGUUGCUUUCUCUGAGCAUGGAUUAAUGAUCAGAUGGUGGUCAUUGGGAUCGGCGUGGUGGGAGAAAUUGAGUCGGAACUUAGUUCCUGUCCAGUGCACAAAAUUGAUCUUUGUUCCUCCCUGGGAGGGAUUCUCACCUAAUUCUUCUAGGUCAAGCAUAAUGGCAAGCAUUAUGGGACAUGAUAGGCCUGCCAAUAUUCAGGAAAGCGCAAAGGGUUUGAGUCAGGCGGACAAUAUGAAACUAUUGAUUCACAAUCUUGACCUCUCCUAUCGAUUAGAAUGGGUUGGUGCACGGAAAGUACUUCUUACUAGGCAUGGCCAUGAGUUGGCCAGUUUCCCCUUGUAAGCAUCCUCUCGAAUUUAAAUGGACACGAUUGAGGAAGUCUUGUCCAUGAAAGUUCAAAGUUGGCAUCCGUUGGUUGCGUAUUUUCAGCACCAGUUGUCUCAGUGAGAAAUAAGUUUUUUAAGCUGACUGAUGGAUACAAAUAGUUAUCUGCCUUGACGUCGUCGUCAUUCUGCUCACAGUUAAUUCAAAGCUCUAUGACAAUGAAGGUUUCUUACUCGUGCCUGCAUCGAUAAUGCGAAGCUUGUAAAACCUGUUACACCGUUUUCCAGCAACUUAGAUUUGUUUAGGCCAUGUUGUAUCAUUUUAUUCAUAUUAAUUUUUUGGGUACAAGGGGAAGAGAAGCGCGAUUACUCGGAAAGUGUUUUCGGGGUUAGGUUUAGGAGAUCUUCCAUGUACAGAUUACUGUGACCCAGGUUUCGGAUUUAUUAGCCCAGCCCAUUUCAGAGA